UCCGGUAAGAAACCGCUAUCUGUCAGAAAAAACAUCCCGAGCUGAAAUCCGCUACACGGACUCACUUCUCCCGACACCACCGCGGUCUGGUUGUUAUUUUACGGGGUUUGUAGCCUCUCCGGACACACAGAGAGAACAUGCCCGCACUGAGGUAACCGUCCCCGGGCUGCUGCUGCCUCCUCAGCCGGCUGAAGGACAGGAGCAGGACGGACAGACCCAGAUGGAGAGGCCGGGCAGGCUGCUGCUGCUGUCCGAGCUCCGCGUCAGAAACGCGGCGUACGAUGUGAGCCUGAGCCGGUCCCUGCUCACCUGGAAGAGACGGAUCUCCAGCCCGGUGUACCACCCGUUCAGACCCAGUGUGUGUCACAGUGUGUCAGUGUCAGAGAUCAUCUCUGUCAGAGAGGAAGAGGAGGAAAACAGCAGCAGAGGAAGAGACGAUGGCAGCUGGAAAAAGAUCAAGGAGAGAGAAGGAAAGGACUGCAGGCAGGCCUUCACAGUGUUGUAUGUGGAGAGGUGUCAGCAGCACCGCUGGCGUUGUGCUGAGGUCACCUUCACGUGUCCAGAGGGGGCGCUGUGUCAACGCUGGGUCAACAGCAUCAGAGAGCAGCUCGCAGCUAUCACCAGCAGACCCAAACACCUGCUGGUCUACAUCAACCCAUUUGGCGGGAAGAAACAGGGAAAACGCAUCUACGAGCAGAAGGUCGCCCCGCUGUUCGCCCAGGCAGGCAUCUCCACGCACGUCAUCGUGACGGAGUACGCCAAUUAUGCAAGGGAUCACCUGAGGACGGAGGCGGAGCUGAAGAAGUUUGACGGGGUGGUGUGUGUCGGAGGGGAUGGCAUGUUCAGUGAGAUCAUUCAUGGGCUGAUCUGGAGGACGCAGAUCGACAGUGGCGUAGAUCCAAACUGUCCGGAGGAAACGCUGUUUCCCUGCUCACUUCGUAUUGGAAUCAUUCCUGCAGGCUCAACAGACUGUAUCUGCUUCGCCACUGUGGGCACCAACGACCCCGUGACCUCUGCACUGCACAUCAUAGUGGGAGACUCUCAGCCGAUGGACGUGUGCUCAGUUCACCACAACAACACCUUCCUGCGAUACUCCGUCUCCCUGCUGGGAUACGGUUUCUACGGCGAUGUGCUAACUGACAGCGAGAGGAAGAGAUGGAUGGGACCGGCCAGAUACGACCUCUCAGGUGUGAAGAUGUUUCUGACUCAUCAUUACUAUGAAGGAACAGUGUCCUACCUCCCAGCCAGAGGCAUCAUGGGAACUCCGCGGGACACCGCCAGGUGUCGAUCUGGCUGUGCGGUUUGUCAGCACAACGGGCAGCUACUUUCAGAGAAAGCUGAGAAGUAUGAGAUGGAUGAAGCAUCAGACAGCGAAAACAACAGCGAGUGGAGGACAAUCCGAGGGAAGUUCCUGGCUAUAAACGCUGCCAGUAUGAGUUGUGCUUGUCCUCGCAGCCCUAAAGGCCUCUCACCUGCAGCUCACCUGGCCGAUGGCACCACCGACCUCAUCCUUGUCCGAAAAUGUUCCCGCUUCAACUUCCUCAGACACCUCCUACGUCACACCAGCAAAGACGACCAGUUUGACCUGACCUUUGUUGAGGUCCACCGGGUUCGGCGUUUCCGCUUCACACCGCGUCACUGCCAGAGCGACUCAGACCUGGACCUGCGGGAGAACGGCAAACACCAGCUCUUCAGCCAGAUCUGCCGAGACCACCCGGCUUGCGGCUGCGCCCCCGCCUACAGCAGCUGGAACUGCGACGGCGAGAUUCUGACCCACACGGCCAUCGACGUCAGAGCGCACUGCCAGUUGAUCAAGCUGUUUGCACGAGGCAUCGAAGAACCCACGGUGUUUGAGGAGCUCAACAACCCCUGUGCAAUAUAGGUCCACACCCCCAUUAUUCCCCGUCAGACACUGGAGUCAUCUUUCUGUUUCCAGCCAUGGCCUACGUCACUGUUGUAGUCAUGUGACACUCAGCACAUCCUUCACCAGGAGACUUCACAGAUUUACCGAGUUGUGCUGUUACUGUUACAAAGAUAAGCAGUAGGGAAGGAGACAAAGCUUUACUUUCUUGGUCUGACAGUCCGAAAUGAUUUCCUCACAGACAGGACGUGAGGUGUAGUCUCCUUAAAAUGUCCUGAACAGCUUUAAAUAUAUUCCUUGGAAACUAGCACCUGUUUUAAAGAAAUAAUCAGGAAAUGAUUGACCUGGAGAGUAAAGCUUUACCCUCACAUUUUGUUCUGGGUGACACUGUUGGUGUUGAAUGAUUGAUGGGUGUCUGGCACCUGGUUUGUUUUUAAUAUUGAACUCCAGUCCUGCCCUUUGAUAAUGUUUUUUUCCCAACAAUCCUCAGAUCGUGACUGGAUGAUCUCGUUACUGUUGAGGUUACAAAUGCUGCCUGUAAGAGUUACAUAACGUGUAAACAAACAACACAGACUUGUUUCUGUGUUGUCCAAAGUGUCGCCCUGCGUGUCACUGCCUGUAGAGUCAGCUGAAGUCUUUUUCUGUUAUCUCAGACUUGUUUUGGGCCACAGACGUUUUGACUUGGACUCAUCUCUCUCUCUCGUUUUGACUUGAGCUUGUUAGAGGUGUUUUGAGUUGCCGUCAUGUCAGCCACCUUACGUGUUACAGACUUUUGUCUCGACCAAGUCCAGGGGUCUCGUUUAUAACCGUUGCAAACAUGCAAAACGUGGCCUGAAGAGGCUGCACCACUUUGAAAAGUUGUGAUUAAACUCGAUAGGAAAGUGAUCCAUAACUUUUCCAUAAGCACCUUUCAGUUGUAAGAAAAUAGCCAAACCAAAUCUCAAAUAAAAUUUCACUCAAUGUUUUAUCAGCACUGUCUCACCAUCACAUUUGCCCAGAGUGCAGAGGAGAGGGCCGACUGUAUGACGCUGACACUCCAGGCACCUCAUGUACAUAUUUACCACCUGAACAUAUGGAUUGUGUAAAUUAGCAAAGUCUGGAAUAAAGCCAGAGACAACUCUCGCACAAUCAUUACACUCCAUAUCCUUAUUUUAGGUCCUAAGGCAAAGUUUACCAUGACAGGUCAGAGGUCCUAAACAUCAGUCGGAGACCCCUUAGUCGGCUGAGAUUCUUUCACAUUGAGCAGUCUUUUUUUUUUUGUCUUCGGGAAGUUUUGAUCCCCAGAACAGCCAGAUCCAGUUCGACUGACAUAAUCCUGAGUCCGGUACAACCCUAGUAAGCUUCCAUCUUUAAAUGAUAUCCCAGGGUGAGGGAUACCACUGACUGUCGCGAUCAUUUUGGCAAGGUUUGAAACAAUCAGUCUGAUUGCUGUAAUCGUAGAAAUACUGCCGUAACACCGUUUUAGCUGUGACUCACCACAGGUAACUUCUGAUCGGCACACUUAUUUCUAUGCAACAGCAUUCAUGAGGUGCUUUGCACUGAUUGUUUAAGGUUGAAUGUGGGCGUGUAGAGGGCGGGAUAUGAAGCUGAACCACGUGCAGACGAUUCCACGGUGAUUUGGGAUUUACAUUGCACACUGUCAGACUCACCCACGCACUUGAACAGUUUCACUCUGAAUUCUACGUACUGUUUUAUAAAUGAGACCCCAGAUGUUUUCUCAGUGUAGGCGAGGCUGCCGUCAGUCAGCUGUCGGGGGUUUUGACACGGACUCGACCCCGUUUGGACUCGGCUUUGACUUGAUCACAAAACCGCUCUAGAUUAGAUUUAAAUGUCUAUAUUUCCUUCUGUAUUUGUGAUUUUAUUUUCAAACAUCUCGUCUCAGUCGAGAUGAGUUUUUCCUUUAUCUCGGACUCGUCAUGGUCUUGGUGAUUGUUUCAUUUCACUGUUUUCUCAGUAGUCUGUGUUUUGACUCUGACUUGUCUACAUUCUGGCCACCAGUUAUUCUCAUCUGUUAUUGCGAUCUUGACGUGAGCCCGACCCCUAUUUGGACUUGACUCUGACUGGAUUGAUUUUUAUUUGUUAUGUUUCUUGUAUUUCUCCAUAUUAUUUGGUAGUGUUGUAGUACUCAAAUCUUUUGAGUCCGAACUCGAGACUUUGUUACUAUUAUCUCAGACUUGUCUGUCUUGUGAAUGUUUUGACUCGGUGCUGCCCUGCAGGCUGAGUCAUCUUUAUUUAUUUAGCAUGUAAGUAGAUUCUAUGUUGUUACAGAAAUGUUAGCUUCUUUGCACUUUUUGAAUAGUUUUGAUUAUUUUAAAAACUUAUUUUGAAUUUGGAAUUAUCUGUUGCAUGUUUUAAAGAUGCCAGACACCUGCCAGUCAUUCCAAGGGUCAUUGUGUUCAUUAGGGGUCAGAGGUUGAUUCUCAUUCAUGAAAAGUAGAAAGUAAAUCCCCUUCAGUACUGGUCAGUACUUGUGAGGAAAAAUAAGGCUGACUGGAGAUGUAGUUUCCAUGGUUGAACUUUCCUCUCAGUCAUCAUUUGUCAAGAGUUCAUUUACUUUCUGCUUCUCAAACAGCUCCAUUAGAUUUGUCUCUGAAUCUUCAUGUUUCCAUCGUUUCUCAGGAAAACCUGAGCUCGAUCGUAACUGAAACUAUAUUUUUACACGUUUUAAUUCCCAGCAAUCUAGAAAGAAAUAAACUAUGAAAAAUCUCAAAUUUUAGUUUUAGUUGAGACGAUUUUGUGUCAGUCAAGCUGGUCGUGCUGAAGAGCACACGCGUGAAUGUUUUUAAUCUUCCAUUUCUGCUCGAUAUGCAAAUGAACUGAGCAAACAGAACUCAAAGUAAAUCAUCUGAAAAAGUACAGCUUUAACACCAAUGUUUCACUGAAACUGUGCAGAUGUUCUCACUUCAGAAUGAGCUAAAGUCGUAGCUGUAACUUCAGUUUACUCACAGUGUGACGUGGUGUUCUGAAACUGUCUGUCAGGUUUAUUGUGUUUUGUAAAACUUCAAGUUAAUCAUCUGAACCUUCCACAAAUCAAACAAGAUUCACACACAGAAAAAUAUUUAUAUAUAUUUAUUUAUAUAAAUUUUACCCACAAAACUACAAAUAUUGUCUUUUGAAUCCAAAAAGCUAAACUGAUUGUGUAUAAAUGAAUCCACCUCACAUUUCACACAAAAUCCAAUUAGGAAUUUAUAUUGUGUUAGUGGAAGGUUGAUAUUAUUGAUUUGAAGUUUUGUCGAUUGUUGUUUUGUUGAAGGAAGCUGCACUGUAAAGUCCAGUGUUGAUAUUCAACCAUUUCUGGAUCUUUGUAGGUUUUGAAUUUUAAGCAUUCACAGCUCGAAGCAUGUCGUAGCCUCUGAUGUUAGCCGUACCUGUAGCUGCUGCUCACUGUGUCCACAGGAUCAGUUUUUACAAUCCACAUGUAGCAACAUCAUCUGUAAUUUCAUUUUUCCAUAUUCUUCCCUUCUGUUACUUACAGUAAAUAGCAAUGCACGAUUAAUAUCGAUACGUAAUCAGUGUGGGCUUUAAGAUGAGAAUUGGCCAACGUACUUUUUUUGUUUUGCACAACGAAUGGAUAUUACAUACUUUGAAAAGUAUUGUAUUUCAUGUCUCCAUCUGCUGGUGGGCUGUCAUGAUGGAAGAAAAUUAGUUGGGGGGAAAAAUGGAUCAGUUAUCGGCCAAAUAAGUUGUUAUGUAUCGGCGUAACGGAUAUCGGCAAAAAAUCCAAUAUCGUCCAUCCCUAAUAAAUAAGUAGCAUGUUCUCCAUUUAGCCUCAGAAUGGUGAUGUCAGUUUGGUCCACAGAUACUUUCAGAUCAUAAAAUGUCCUGAUCUCAUUCCUUCUUUCAAGAGGAUGAACCCUUUUCAAACCCGUUCGUCUAGUUCCAACGUCAGGACAAAUUAGACGUUUUUAGUUCCACUAGAAGCUCUAAAUCAUCAGCGUGUUAUUUGCUUUUAGGAAACACAAAUUUAAUAGAUUUGAAAUAAUGUGAUUAUUUUCCAAAACAACGACAGAGCUCCAUAUAAGUAGAAAUCAUUUUAACUUUGACCCAGAGAUGAACCGGACAGGAAGUCGAGUAUCAACACUGGACUGUCAGACUGUAGAUGUUUGUUUGUUUGUUUGCGUAUUGUUUGUUGACAAACAAUUCUGUUUCCCCUCUGCUGACGUCGAGCUGGACUCAAACUGAUGGAGGAGGGAACCAGUAGCAGCUCACGGUGCUCCAAGACGCCAACCAGUCAGCUUUCUUUUGAUUCUAAUCUGACCAAAUACCAGCCGGAGUUUGAUGAUGUAGCUGUCUGUCUGUCUCCGACAGUUGUAGCUUAACUUAGAGGUCUUCACCGGUCCAAAGUCUUGGAUCCAAUCAGAAGUACCAGAACACAGACUGAAUCCAAAAGGGAUAGUCAGAACUGGUCUUAUGUGAAUUAGAGGAUAGUUAGACCUGAAUGAGGUGGACCCGACCUGACCUGAGAGAGAACACCAACACUAGCUGCUUCAUGCAUCACUAAUAUACACUAUAACAACACUACAACACCUUUAGAGAACUGGUUAGACCGACUGUAGGCGUUUUUGGACCAAACAGCUCUGAGGACUCCCUGAGAGGAACUGCCCUCUGGGGAGCUUCCAUGAGAACUACAUUCCUUGGAGGGCUUUUUUAGGUUUGCAUUCACACCGCCAAAAGGAACCCCUAAGUUAUGUAUACAGGCCGGCGGUUGGUAUAGCAACUUACACUUUGAUGAUAAAGUCUCAUCGUAUGUCACCCGUUGCAUCUGUGCUCAGUAAAGCCUGGACUUCACCGUCGGCCCUUUUGUCCUCAUUUUAUUCCAUGACAGCCGGAGGCAUUAAGAUUUCAGGUUGUUCAUCCGUCCCAUUCUCGUGAGUCUCAAGGAUGCCUUGAGGGAAUUUCUUCAAAUUUGGCAGAAACAUCCACUUGGACUUAAGAUUGAACUGACUAGAUUUUGGUUCUCAUAGGUCACUGUGACCUUGUAUCCGUCUAAUUCUCGUGAACACAAGUGAUAACUAAUGAACAUCUUGAGAGAACUGGCACAAACGUCCACUUGGACUCAACGAUGAACUGAUUAGAAUUUGAUGGUUGAAGGUCAAAGGUCAUGGUCACUGUGACCUUAAAAAACAUGUUUUUGGCCAUGACAAAUUUCACAUGAAUGUCUAACACGAUAAAAUGACAAGGCGAUAUCAACUUCACAGACGUAAAUUGUAAGUGCAACCUGUCUGUUUCGCUGAGGCAUUCAAUCGUGAGGCAGUAAUUCAAGUUUUUGUUGCAAGCUUUUGUUUUGUGACGUUUGUAUGACAAACCGGACUUUAAAAAAAUGGCAGACAGAAUGCUGCAUUGGCUCAUGUUCAGCGAAUCAGUGUAGACCUCUGGAUCAAUCACCUUUUAACUUUCGUGGCUCAAGGUUCCUCUUGUGUCUGGAGGAAAUAAGUCCCUCAAAACCGCGUUCUAAGAACCACAGUUGCUCUUAGUUCUUGCAGUGCAGACACAAUAAAAAGCGGCAUUCUUAAAACUAUGACAAAGUUCCUUUGGUCCAAAAACUCCUUAUGUUUGAAGGGACCAAGUGGGCCUGUGAAGACCUUUUAGCUCAGUCGUCUGUCUCAUCUUUUUCUUCUUCUGUCUCAAAUGUUGUGUUGAUGAACAAUCAGAGUCUGAAUAUUUGCUGUAAAACCUCGAAACAACAACAAACCAAAUGUGUAAAUCAUGUGCACUCAGAGGUCGACUGAUGACUGAAGUGGACUUUUAAUCAGGAGAGGAUGGAAAUAUUUAUUUACAUUAAGCCAGCUGUAAUUGUGAAUUAAAUGUGUUUGUGCUUUAGUUCUAUAGAUUUAGUGCCCAUCAAACCAGAAACUGACCAAUUCAUUUGCAUGUUUUUAAAAUAGUCUGUGCGAGGUUUGAUGGUAAAUACUCCGCAAGUGACUGUAGCUGAUUAGCUAACCGCUAACAUGCUGUCUGGCAUGGCUUGCUACAAGCUAAUGUUGCGCUCCCAACUGAAAAGGCCCGGUCACACCAGGAAGUGGCAAAGCGUAAUUACGAAAAAGGUUCCACUGGAAUUAACUGAUUUCAGUGCAUUUAAAUGUUGUGACCUUUAGUUACAAGCAGCUAACUGAAAAAUAACAUUCAUGUCAGCCAAGUUUAGUUAUUUCUGAGUCAGAGAUUUCAGGAUUUCUAUCUCCCGCUCGGUGAAAAGAACUUAACACAUAUCCAAAAAACUGAUGGUCAAAACAUGAGGUUGUCUUGUUCAUGUUCUGCCAACAUGCUUUCUACCAGUUAGCAGCUAGCAACCUCAGCAAGUUCUCCAACGCCAACGACCACAUAAGUUGUCUGUUGUCUGCGGUCGUAUUUUGGAGGAAGGUUUUGUAAGCUAGCUAUGCUAACGGGACAAUACGCACAGUCUAGUGAAGGGAACAGAAGACAAAGCUGGAUCUCUUUGUGAGACGCAGGCUAAUAUAACACGGAGUGCUGACACAGAAACAACCCCAAUUUUCCAGCUUUCUGUUCCCUCAGAGUUCAACACUGUUGAGACGGUUUGAAUGUGUGAUGCAAGUUUGCAUUUUAAAGUUUAGCGAAUCCACUGAUUGUGGCAAAAACAUUGAAAUUUGUCAUUAAAUUUUUGCUGAUAUGCGAAAGCAGCGCCAAGUAAAAUAAUAAAUCCUAGAUUUUAACUGAACAUGUAGAAUUAAAUCAUGAGAACAUCUCUAGUGUUGUGUCCGGUAUUUUGCAAACAGCACGUAGAGCAGGUAGAACGCAGCAUUAGUCUAUUUAGUGUCGAUUAAUAUUAACUGUCUAGUUGUCUCUAACAUGUCAAACUUAAAUGUCCACCUUUAGUUUUCAGAGUCCAAACUGAUUCUUCAGACUCUUUCACCCUCUCCCACUAACAGGGAAUAUUUUUAUUUUCAACACUGUAGUUAAAUCUGAAGCUGAACACUAGACGAUGUAGUGAAUCAGUCGACCUCUUGCUGUAAUCUGAGCUGUAACUGAUCUUUACCUUCUGCUGUAGCUGUUUCACUAUCAGGAAAUAAAAACAUAUUCAACUCUUCA